UCUCCUAUAAGAACAACACACACUACUCCCACUAAUUGUUCAUUGGUGCCUCCAUGUUGUACAGAAGUUCUCGAAGUGAAGAGCUCAUUAUGUGGCUCCAUCGUCAGAAGCAUGAACUCUGUGUCUCUCCCUCUCGCUUCGUGGUCUCAAAUCACUGAUGACAUAACUUGGAACAUCCUCGUGCUAGUUUCACCACAUCCUGUCACCAUUGCAAGGAUAGCAGCUGUGUGCAGGACGUGGCGCUCCAUUGUCAGGACUAGCAAGUUCCUGAGGAGGCUGAUGGAGCAUCACGAAGUAACACCACUCAUGGGUUUUUUCACCAACGUCCCUAGCUCAGAUCGUUUCCUCCCUUUUGAUCAGCAUCUAGGUGUUGUCGGUGUCCCUCGAUUCACCCUGCCCAUCUUGUAUCCGGACAACCGCCUCCCCACUCUCUCCACGAGCCACUGGGAGGUUCUUGCUUGCCGCCAUGGUAAGGUUUUGCUGCUUGGAGGGGCCGUACCUAUGCUCUUAGUGUGGGAUCCAAUCACUGGUCAUCAGACAUUAACACGCACCCACAGCGAACUGGCCUAUGUCCACGGCACAGUGGUAUGUGUCGCCCACCACCACCAUGGAAACUGUCACUCGUCGCCUUGGGUUGUUGUCUGGAUUGUGAGCACCGGCCGCGAAAUCAAGGUAAGAAGGUGGUCAUCGGUAACCCAAGCUUGUAAUAUCCCGCAAGCUCAAGUUUGGUUCGACGGCCUGGUUGAUUUCCGUCCAAGCACGUUGAUCGGUGAUGUUUUGUAUUGGCAUUUGACCAAUAACUUCCUCAUUGCCUUCGACAUGGCUGAGAAUCUGCUCCACCCUAUCGAGUUGCCCGAAGCAAUGCCAUCUCUUAAAUUCCGACGCCACGUCCACGUCGUGCCAUUAGACGAUGAUGUUCUUGGCUUGGCAGUUCUGAACACUUCAGUGCUCGAGAUUUGGUCCAGGGUUGGAGGCAUCAAUGAAGGAUCUUCCUGGGCCAUGAACUAUACCAUCCCUUUGCUUUCCAUCAUGCCCAUCCAAGAUGACCACAUCAUAAAUCAUCAUAGGCCACAAGGCCGAAUUGUGUGUGUCAUGGAGGACAGGAAAGUUAUCCUCAUUCGUGCUGCUGACGGGGUAUAUGAAGUGGAUUAUCAAAGGAAGACAUCCACCAAGAUCAUGGGAGAAACACCAAGGGGGACUAUGUUUGCAUAUGAGAGCUUCUACAUUGCAGGUGUCGCUGGUGUCGACGAGGCAUGAAGCAAACCAUCCUAUGAGGAAAGCAGGACCCCGACAUUACCCCCCCCCCCCCACACCUGCGUUCUAGUGGAAAUCCGGGAGGCCUCUCUUUUAUCAAAACAAAAAAGAAAACAGUGUAUUGAUUACUUUCAUUUGUUCAAUCCCUUCAUUCAAUCAUGGUGUGCACAUCUUAUUUCAGUAUUUUGUUUUUAAGCCAUUUGAACCAUGUCAUCAAUGUACUCCAUUGUAUUAGACAUCAAUAAUGUAGGAGUGGAAUACUUCUAUAUGGAAAGCACGCGACUUACUUUUAUGUCGUGACGACAUAAUUUGUUUUGAAUAA